GAUUCCGCGUUCAAAGAGUGUGUAGCCGAAGAGUAUAGUUGUCUUUUUUCUUUUUUUUUGAACACCGCCGAAGAGUAGUUGUCAGAUUUUGAUUUUUGGAGAAUGCAGUCAUUUGACUUUUCGUUUUACUUUACAAAAGUAAAUACCAACGUGCUCAUUUAGGUGCAGAGUCAAUAAAAAAAAUAACGUGUUUGCUUACUAAUUUGGAAGCCAACAACAUAACAAUGUGCAACUAACUAAUGUAUAUGUGGAAACAGCUUUAGACCAGCUGUUUUAUUUAGAGUUCAUUUAAUAUUCUUACAGCAAAAGAUCUGUAAUUCAGUUGUGAUAAAAUGCGAGUUAAUAUUAAUUACGUAAAGUAAUUGAUUCUUCAUAAACAUGAUUCUUCAUAUCAAAAUUACCGAUUAGAAACAAGUAGAUUUGGAUGUAAGUAGAACUGCCAACAUGAUUCUUCAUAAAAAAAUUACCGAUUAUAAAACUAUCUAUAAUUUGAAUUUAAGAUUAGUUGUUUAUAAAAACAAAAAACAAAAAACAAAAGAUUAUUUGUUUAUUAUCUUUUGGACGCAAUUUCUGAUUAAUAAAUGAAAUCAAAAUGUGCCUAGUAGCGAAUAGAUUUAACAUGUUGUCCUUAGUCAAACCAGUAAUGCUGCUUAAUUUAUUUGAAUAGGAGUUUAAACGACUUUUUGGGGUCCAAUACGAAAGUUACAAUCUCUGAAACGUUCUUUGUUUUGCUUAUAAAAGACUUUCUAAUCUUCGUUACUAAGAUUCUCUUACAACUGUUAAUAGGUAAACCAACCAAAACCUAAAUCACUCGUUCUAUCUUGGUUUUUCUCUUCUCAAGACAUAAUCAACCGAAAAUAACAUGAAGAGAGACCGGUCCGACUACGAAGAAUCCAUCACAGAUUUAGACAUAGUAAAAAGUCUCAUGAUGUUAUCUCAGAGUUUCGUGGUCAAGCAAAUCGAGGUACAGCAAUCAACCCGAAGCAGAACCAAUGAUAACCAAUUCGAGUGCAAAACCUGUAAUCGAAAAUUUGAUUCGUUCCAAGCUCUAGGAGGUCACAGAGCCAGCCACAAGAAACCUAAGCUGAGUAUUGACCAAGAACAAGUUAAGCAUCGUUACAAUGAGAAUGCUGCGCAUAAGUGUUCAAUCUGCGGUCAAAUGUUUGGGACAGGUCAAGCUUUAGGAGGUCACAUGAGAAAGCACAGGGAGAGCAUGAGAACCGAACAACCGGUUGUCUCGUCUACGGUUUAUCCGGUUUUGAACCGAUGUAAUACCAGCAAGUGCUUGGAUUUGAAUCUAACUCCAUUGGAGAAUGAUCUUGUAUAUGUGUUUGGGAAGAAUUUGGCUGAUUUUAAGUUUGUAAACUAGUUUUUAUUUGUGCAUAUCACUUAGGAUUUGUAAUUUAGUUGUAAUUUCUCUUGUCAAACAUUACUUUCAUUCUUUUAUAUGUCAUCUAUGUAUACACAAAUUCAU